AUGAAGAACGACCCACGUUCAGCGAAGUUGAAAGGGAAGCGCUCAGCUCCCAAUCUCAGGACAAAAAGAAGUGCCAUAAAUAUUCCUGCCAGCGGCAGAUCGCGUAAGGCAAUCAAGGAAAACUAUGUACCAGGUGUUAGAAGCAGAGCAUCAGCACCGAACUUGAAGCAAGGUGCGAAUGAGUUGCCUCCCAGCGAGGUCCCCGAGAGCCAGAGCAACGAAUCGAAUGGCAAGCAGGAUGGCGAGUCCCAGCCGAAGGAAGCCCCACGAUUUAUGCUGUUCACUCCGGCCAAGAUUGACCCUGUCGAGUAUCGGCCACCGCGUCAAUAUACAGGUCCUGCUAUUCCUAAGAUUAUGGGGAUUGAACCGCUUUUCUUUCGGCCAAAACCGGUCGAGAUCAAGAAAGAGUCACGAAAAGAGAGGAUGCUGAAGGAGAUCAGAAAGAGGUAUCAAGUCAGGAAAGCCCGCGUGAGAGGUGUCGUGAAGAACCUUAGCAAUAUCAGAGCGCUCAGGACGUUGCAUGCGCUGAAGACUUCUGUAAAGGCGAUGCGUAAGGAUGCGCAAGAACGACUUCUUGAGGUACGUGUUGUCAAGGACAUUUGUCGAAGCGCCAUCACACUGGGGGACUGUCGAAGAUACUCUGAAAUCUCAGUGUACAGCAGAGCGGCAGAUUCUCCGAAGCUCGCAGAGCUUUUCCCAGAGGCUGGCACUAGUACAAAGGUCGAAGACGGCUCCGGCCCUACGAAAGUGAAUGAAGACGAGGACUGCACAGUGCGCCAGUCCCUGUUGUUCUUCUCAGAUGUGGCCUCUCUUAUUCAAACACAUCCCAAUUUCAGAAACCCUGGCGAAGGCAUCACCCAAACUGAGACUUUAGCAACUUCCUAUUUCCUUCAGCACCAGAAUAGUCGUCCACUUUCACUCUCUUCAUCCAUCCUUCAAUAUCAUACUUCUCCCAAUAACGUACACGAGGUUUCACCUCGAUCUUCUUUCUCAGAUACUUCUUCUGACCUAACCAUCACUCCGCUGAGAAUCCAGAAGAAAGCCAGGAUGCCACCGGAACCAGGUUCGGCGUCAAAGGACCCCUUUGUUGAUUCUUCGACUGGUGGCAAUCACACCGCAGACGACACUGAUAAUCCGGGUUCUGAUGGAGUGGUGGAGAGAAUCGCAGAUAACGCUGUAUCCCCUGCAAAAUCAGACCAAGACAACACAAUCUCUUCUGAGUCUGCAAGACGUGAGGCUCUCAAUCAAGACAAAAAAUCUACCAAAGAUACACCUCGACACGCAAGCCAUGGAACCCGUAUCCCUGCCCCGGCUUCCCAGAAGUUGGGCACUGGAGGAAGCCAACAGAAAGGCACGCGAGUGACUUCUGAGCACCGCAGCUCAAUUCCUGUUGCGGUCCGCAAGGUUGGCACGGAGCAUCAGAAUAUGCCUGAAGGUGGCUCUACUGGACAGGAGGCUGGUGAAACCCGUGUCGCUGAAAGUACUUGCGAGCGUCAUGUGUCGCCUUUUCAGCAUCAGAUCAAUACUCUGUGGGGGUAUAUACGAGAUGAAGACAUAGCAAACGAGGUUUCCCGCUAUUCAUCCACAUCGUCCUCCAGUGGCGACUGGGAUGGUGAGCAGGAUGAUGACGACGAGCUUGAGAGGCCCACCGGUUACACUGGCGAUAAUCGUCGGCAAUUCGAGCGAUCUGCUCAAUGUUUCUACGGGCCACGUCUGCAGAUCGCGGCGUCGGCGGAAAACGUCAUCAUGGGCACCCCGAAGCUGUCUUCGAUACCGUCUCCUGAUCUAAAAAGAGACGUCCCCUGCACUGCGACACAGGGUAGCCCUCACAACGCACGCCUCGGUGAGCUGAGUUCCAGAUCGGUUGAAGGAGGUCAUGAAGCAAAGGCUAGCCCUGCUAGAACCCCUGAAGCUUCUCGUAACUUUUGCCGCCCGCGGCCAUCUCUUGAGAAUAUCUCCAGAAGGGACUUCAGUGGACAUGAGAUUUCUAUUCCACGAAAGCCGGUGGGCAGCCCAAGCUUAACUGAUCUCCACAAUCCCAGUCCGAAUGGACUUCAGUCUCAGUACGUGGUGCCUACGGUGCCUAAGAUUCCCGAUGAACAUAGUGCCUUCUUGAACAAGGACAAACCUUUGCCUGAACUGAAAGCUGGCCUUGUCCGUAAGGGUACUGGCCAAGAAUCAAAAGAAAUCACCGGGUCCAUGACUGGUGGUGGUCUUUCGGCGCAUGCGAGGGUCAAGGGGGCAGCAGCCGCUGACAGCCCGCAUCCCACCCGGACGUCCUCUCUACAGUCGGUUCCCGCUAGCCAGGGAGAGUCUGCCGUGACCACUCCUCGGACUCCCAAUAUACCAAACCCAGGCGGCGGAACGGAUUUGGAGCGGACUGUGACCUUCGACGAUAUUGUGCCGGAAAACAAACGUAGCACACAGCGCGGAAAAGGCCGCUUCCCAGACUCGAGGAGCAAUCGCAUGCUUGACAGCUUCCGCAACAUUUUCAAGCAUAAAAAUGCCGCUGAUAAAGCACGUAUGAAGAAUGAGGAGAGCACCGACGCUGAGGUAGAAGAGUCUGGAGACCAGACUCAAAGCGGCGCAGUCGAUCGUGUUAAUAAGGAUGAUGGUAAACUGGAAUCGGCAAUGGCAGCCUCUAAGUCGCGAAUCAAGUCCCCCAGGGUGCCCGAACGAGCCGGUUGGAGCAAGGGUGCUCGCAGCAUUAGUGUCCCUAUCCAUGUCUCUCCCGGGGCCUUCCCGACUCCUACUUCCUCAUUAUCUUCGAUCCCGGCCCUUUCACCACGUGUCUAUGAGGAAUACCAGACUCCCUCGUUUGCUAGGCCUACCAAGUCAGCGCGUACUAGAGCGGCCACAAACCCUAGGUUGCAAACGCCAGUUGCUGCAGAUGGCCGGUCCCGGAGAAGUUCAGCGAUGGCAGCUUCUACUGGGAGCCCGCAGCGCUCGACCCGUCUUUCUCGUCAUCUCAAUGCAGUCACCGGCUCCAAGAAGGCAUCACAGGCCAGAAAGAUCGCAGAAGAACAGGUAGCGAUCUCUAAAUCUCCUGGCCCUGCUCCUUCCCAGACAGCCCAUGCCUCGAAUGCAGAUUGGUGGAAUCUUCCUAAGGAGCAGAAAGAUGAGGAGAUCUCUGCCUUCAUUCCUCAAAUCUUCCGAGAGAUAUGUGAGGAGACGGACAGAAAUAAGAGAGCAGUGAUGCUUCGGGAAACUCUGUCGCUCAAGCAUCAACUGGAUACUGUGAACAACGCGCGUGCGGUUGUUACAGAAGCCGAGGAGACGCUACGCAAGAAAUUGGAAAAGAAAACCGUUGCGGAGCGAACUCUCUACGAGAAGUUCCUUCAAGCUCGGACCAAAGUCGCCUCUUAG